AACACUUAUCUUUACCCCCAAUCACAUCUUCUUGAGUGUCUUUUACAGUUUCCGAUUUAUAUCAAAAUCAUAGAAUCUUGUUGUUUCAAGAAGCUUCUUUUUUUUUAAGUCUCUUGUAAGCUUAAAGUUGUUGUUACUUAAAAUUAGUUUAAUAAUGGGAGUGUCAAAGAAGAAAUCAGGUUGGAUUAAAGGAGAUUUAAUCCCCGGAUUACCUGAGGAAUUAGCUAUGGAGUGUUUAGUUAGGGUUCCUUUUGAGUUUCAUUCUUCCAUGAAACACGUUUGCCGUUCAUGGAAAUGUGUUAUCUCCGGUUCUUCUUUCAACAAGGAAAGGAUCAGUUUCGGGAAAGCCGAGUCUCUUCUCUGUCUUGUUCAGCCUCUGACUCCAUCACCGACGGUGAUGAUUGAUGAUGACUGUGGUGGUGAGAAGAAGAAAGAGGAAGAAGAAGAAGAAGGAAGCGAGUCUCAGAUGAUGAUGAUGAUUCAGCACCACCAGCAGCAACCACGUGUGACUGGGACGCCACUUUACGGUUUAAGCGUUUAUAACGCGACGCUUGACACGUGGCACCGCGUCGCGAUUCCUGAGCGGAUUCCUCUGUUCUGCGAGUGCGUUGCGGUUCAGGGCGCUGGGAAGGUGCUUUUGAUCGGCGGUUGGGAUCCGGAGACGUUGCAGCCUGUGAGAGAUGUCUUCGUUUUGGAUUUCUUCGCCGGAGAAGGAAGCGGAAGGAGGUGGAGAAGAGGGAAACCGAUGUCGGCCGCGAGAUCGUUCUUCGCCUGCGCGUCUGUUGGUUCGAGGAAGGUUUACGUCGCCGGAGGUCAUGAUGAUCAGAAGAACGCUCUCCGAUCGGCUGAAGUGUACGAUGUUGAGAAAGACGAGUGGACGACGCUUCCUCCGAUGACGGAAGGAAGAGACGAGUGCCACGGGUUUUCGAUGGCGACGGAUCUUGGAUUUUGCGUGUUGAGCGGUUACGGAACGGAGACGCAAGGCCAGUUCCGAUCCGACGGCGAGAUUUACGAUCCGGUCUCGAAUUCCUGGUCUGUAAUCGAAAAUGUCUGGCCGUUUCCUGAUUUAAGCCCGAGAGGUCGCACCGCCACCGCCUCGGCUGCUGCUGAACCCGCCGGGGAUUUCAGAGGUUGUUGUAGGUUAUGGUGUUUUAUUGACAGCGAGAGACAGAGUCAGGCUCGUUGGGAAACCGAGGAUGAUUCGAUGAAAUGGAAAGUUGUUAUGGAGACGAUUAGGCUCCCGGUGACGACGAUGACGUCGGUUUUCGCAGGAAGCUUGAGUGGCCAAGCGGUGGCAAUGAUUGGCGGUGGCGGUGAAGAAAGUGGGACGAUGAUGGUGAAGGCGACGACGGCGGAGAAGAAUGGCGGGAAGUGGAUCAACGUCAACACUCCCUCUGGUUUUUCGAGUCUUCCUUUUUCUUAUUCUUCAAUCUAUGUCUAAAAUACUUUUGACUUAAGAAAGUCAACGUUAAUACUUAAAAUAGUUAUUAAUACAGAUAACAAAAGGGGUUUGGGUUCUUCAUUAUUUUAUACAACAUCAUCAAAUCUUAGUAUCGAUGUAAAAAGAAUGGUAUU